GUGUGCAGUGUGAGUGUGCAAGGGGAGUGUGCAGGGGAGUGUGAGUGGGGCAAGGGGAGUGUGUCAGUGAGCGCGGCAAGGGGUGAGUGUGCAGGGGUGAUUGUGCGGGGAGAGUAUGAGUAUACAGUGUGAGUGUGCAAGGGGAGUGUGCAGUGUGAGUGUGCAGUAUGAGUGUGCAGUGUGAGUGUGCAAGGGGAGUGUGCAGGGGAGUGUGAGUGUGCAGGGGGAGUGUGUCAGUGAGCGCGGCGGUGGGUGUGUCUAGCCGCCGGAGGGGGCAGUUCAGGCGCCGUUCAGCAGAACCUGCACUUUGCGGAAUGUGAACACGCUCUGUCUACGGAUCAGUAACCGGGGGGAGAGCGAGUGGACACCGGCAGUUGUGCGGAUGGGAGACGGAGACGGAGACGGAGCCGGUGCGGGCGGGAGCGACAACUGGAUGUCGUGGACAGAUGUGCCGCAGGUGGAGUACAGCACCAACACAGGCGACUAUUCGGAAUAUCCGCUGCUGUGUGAGAUGGAUGAGGUGCUGCGGCUGGUGGGAUUACUGCAGCCAUGUGUCUACUCAUUGGUCUUCACUCUGGGGGUGCUGGGGAACGGGUUAGUGUUGGCGACAUACGCGCAACACCAGCGGUUAUUAGUUACUGACAUCUACCUGUUCAAUCUGGCCGUGGCCGACCUGCUGUUUCUGUUCACGUUGCCUUUCCAAGCCGCCGCCUCGCAGCACGGCUGGGUCUUUGGGCCGGUGUUGUGCUCGCUAGUACACACUGUGUACAAGGUGAACCUGUACAGCGGUUUCCUGCUACUCAUGUGUAUCAGCAUCGACCGUUACUUCUCCAUUGUGUGGGCCCGGGCGGCGCGGAGACUGCGCUCUCGCCAGCUGAGCCUCUGUCGUCACAUCUGUCUGGCUGUCUGGGUCAGUUCGUUGCUGCUCAGUAUCCCUCACCUCCUCUACAGCCGGGUGGAGCAGUACUCCGCCCGCCACUGCCUCCUCUCGUACACAGCCGGCCUCAAUAGUUGGCUGCGUGUGGCCACUCCGGCCGUCCAGGUGUUGCUGGGUUUCCUGCUACCCCUUCUGGUCAUGACCUUCUGCUACUCGGUGAUUGUCCGCACCUUGCUACAGGUGCGCGGUUUGGAGAAACACCGGACAGUCCGUAUGGUUCUACUGGUCGUGCUGGUAUUCGUCUUGUGUCAGACACCCUACAACAUAAUGUUACUGCUGGACACGGUGCGAGGCAACGCGGGGUUGGAGUGUGAGCAGGUGAAGCGGCGAUUCCUGGCGCUGCAGGUGACCAGCAGUCUAGCCUACACUCGCUGUUGUCUCAACCCGCUAGUCUACGCCUUCGUGGGCGUCAAGUUCCGCCGCAACUUGCUCCGGUGCCUGGGUCGCUGGCGCCGGAGAGCGGGGCCGAACAGCCUGAGUUCCAGCCGCGCCUUCAACCUCAACACCGAUAUCAGCAGCACCGGGACCCGGUAGACCCUCCCGCGGCUCCGGGGGGGGGGAGAUCCGGUCGGCCUGUCCCGGUGAAACUCCGUAACGUUCUCCCAAAGCUUGU